AUGGCACGAUCUUCCACGAAAUUGAGCUCGACGGCCACCAAUAUCCUGACCGCGUUGGCAACCACCCCACCUGCUAAUACACCAUAUGUCACUGGCAUGCUGGCCCUUCCUGAGUCUUUAUUUCGAAUCCACUACAUUGAUCCUGAUCAUGGUGCACGCUCGGUCGAUCUCCUCACCGCUCCUCAAUCCGACAUAGACGACUUAAUCGCAGCAUCGGAGCCUUCAGCACUGAGGCGCAUGGGAAAGCGUGUCGUCGACGAGGCCUUUCGCAAGUCCACGAGACUCUGCGCCUCAUCUUUCGCUACUCCUUUCAUCCCCGAACGAACCGAGCUCAUGGACAUCAUACGUAACUUCCUUUUGGACGACAAGGACUCGACUCGUGAGUUCAGGGCAGAACCUUACGAGCUUGAGAUAUACGAACAAGGCUCCUUUUUCAAGUCCCAUCGUCGCGCCCAGCGCGAUGACGAUGGCGUCUUUGGCACCCUCAUCUCGACCUUUCCCGUUGGUCACACAGGUGGCGAGUCGGUCCUGCAUCCAUACGAGGGCGAUGAGCAUGUCUUUGAUACCGGAUCCAAGCUCUCAACUCGCCCACCCCGCAUAGCUUAUGCGGCUUUCUGGGGAGACAUCCACCACGAAGUAUUACCUGUCACUUCUGGUUAUCGCGUCGCGCUCCGAUACGACCUCUCAUGGUCUGUCAAGCCAGAACCGUCAUCUCUUGUCCCUUCGUCCUCCACCGAACAGAUCAUGGAGUGGACGACCAGGUUACAAAGUCUUCUGGACGACGACACAGUUCUACCCGAGAGUGGACUCUUGUGCUUUGGUAUACGUCACUCGUAUCCUGUCCCAGGCCCAGACGAGCUCAACAUCGAUACCUACAAGCCGUACAACCUCGGGUUGGACCCGGAGAUCCGGAUCUCGUACAAGGUGGACAUCUACAAGGAGAGGUCGCGUAAGGCCCAAAACACUGUAGCAAAUGCGACUCUCGGUCUCGCAAAUCACCUCGUGAGCUUGGACAGGAUGGGUGGCUACAAAGCAAGCUGGGAGGUAGAUCGGGAAUUCAAUGCGGUGAUCGAAGAGCAGAACACGAUCGCCGAAGAGGCCUUGCAUCCCUCGCAGGUGAUAUGGGUGACGCCUGUCACAGAAGCCACCUGUAUCAAUCAACCAUGGUCUACGCGAGAGCAUGAGGUGACAUACGUAUGUGCGAGGCUCUGCAUCGUCGCUCGUGUCCAACACUAUAGCGAGCGCCGUAAGAGGCUUCUCAAGAGGAAACGCGUGGAAUCUGGGGCGGGCGAUGGCGAGACAGUAGGCAGAGAUGGAGAGCAGGACGCCGUGAAAAAGAGACGGGCGUAG